AGACGCCAAGGAAGAGGCAGUGAGAGAGACGCCAAGGAAGAGGCAGUAGUCUGUGGCGUAAGUUGAUGAUGAAGACACAGGUAAUUUUACUGGUGGUGGUGGUGGUGAUGGCGGCCACAGCUGCAGCAGGAAGACAACCCUCCUACUCCUACAGCGCCCCCAGGACCAGGAUAGGUAGUGGUGGAGCCCCCAGGACCAAGGACUUCGUUCAGUAUUCAGCGAAUUCUAGAGAGGCAAAUUACGACUUCAGCUACGCCGUGAAGGACGACUAUUCCAGCAACGACUUCGGUCACCAGGAAUCUCGUGAUGGUGACAACACACAUGGGUCGUACUACGUGCACCUUCCCGACGGUCGUCUCCAGACUGUGACUUACUACGUGGACGGUGACUCAGGCUACGUGGCUGAUGUCAGCUACCAGGGUGAGGCUCAGUACCCCGCAUAUGAGUCUCGCAAGGCUCCCGUGUACGCUCCUCACAGGUCUCAUUAUAUCGUAUCAAACUCUGAUGAAUCAUUCGAGGUGCCUUUCUACUCUUCCCCCAGACGCUCCUAUGGCUUUCAUUAGUUAACUCUGACUGGAGUCAUCACCGUCCUCUACUGCCAAGGCUGGCUAAUGUAUUUACCCACUCAAGCAUCGAAUAAAUAUAAA